ACCUCGCCCGCUUCCCCCUCUCACACUACCACCUCCUCCGCCUCCCACGCAAGCUCCACCGCGCUCCCACUCGUUCGUCGCACCGCACCGCACCGCACUGCACGCCGCGCCUCCCCCACCUCGCACCUCCCAAGUCCUGAAGUCCCACCCACAGACACUCCCAAACCCUUCUCCCCGCGCGCUCCCUCCAGCAUGGGCAAUUGCUCCCCGUCCCCGCGCCGCCGCCGCCGCCCGACGGAGCCGGGCUCGCCGGCGCUCGGCAGCAACGUGUCCGCGCCCACCGUGACGGUCAACUCCGUCUCCGUCUCCACCUACGCGCUCGCCAGAUCCCCCUCCGUCUCCGCCGCCGCGGUGGACGCCGAGGACGCCGGCGUCGUGCGCGUCUACGGCUCCGACGGGUGCCCCGUCGCGUGGCGCCUCCGCGUCUCGCUCCUCUACAAGGCGGCGGCGCCCCUCCACUUCACGCCCUCCGAGGCGGCCCCGCUCGGCCGCCCCGUGCUCCGACUCUCCGCCGCCGACCCGGAGGUCUGCGGCACCGCCGACGAGCUGCUGCGCCUGGUGGACGCGCGGUUCGAGGGCAAGCCGCGCGUCGCGCCGCCGGAGAGGCCCCGCGCGGCGUCUCCGUCGGCCGCGGCCGCCGCGGAGGUCGCCGAGCUGGUGCGGCUGCAGCACCGCAGCGCCGAGCGGCACCUCGAGGGCGUGGCGGCGAAGGUGGCGGAGAUGGUUAAGAAAGGGAAGAAGUCCGGGAAGGGCAGGAAUGUUGUGGAGGGCGCUGAGGUCAGGAGGCUCGGCAAGUGGUACGGGGACGCAAUGGAGGUGAUGCUGGAGCACGCAAGGAUGGAGGAGACCCUCAUCUUCCCUGACAUACAGAGGGCAUCGUUUCCAGGGGUGUGCGAUAAGGUUAACGAGCAGCAUGGGAGGCACCUGCCAAUGAUGAAUGGAAUCAAGGAGGAUAUAAAAACACUGCUGACGUUGGAAUUAGGGAGCCCCCUAUUCCAUGAAGUGGCGGUCAACCUCUCGGUUCGCCUCAAAGCGUUGCAGGAUCACACCAAAGAGCACUUCAAGGAAGAAGAGAGUGACCUCCUCCCACGGCUAGAACAAGUACGACGGAUGCAGCGGGAGGAGGGGAAGGUUUCUGACAAGUCUAGUUCUGCAUGGGCUUCGGAGGCGGUAGCUACAAUGGAGAUGACACACUCGAAGCUCUUCCCCUUCUUCAUGACUGGUCUCCUUCCUCAGGAGGCCAUGCAAUACUUGGACCUAGUGUGCCGAUGCACGAAGAACACGCGCCAUCUGGUCUCCAUGCUCAGAUCUCUUGCAGAGCGCCUUGAAGACGCAAACCCGUCAAUUAUACACAACAACCCUACCAAACUGUAUGAGCACCUACUUGUAAAGUCCCCAUAAGCCUGAAACCCCUCUGUGCAGCGAUGCGGCAUGUGUUAAAUUGUGAAUGCUAACCUUUUUUUUCUUGCUUGUAGUGCAGCUAAUGUAUUUGAGUUAUUUGAACGAUUGUGAAAGCGUGGCGUGUAUAGCUUAUUGUGUUAUCCCAGCGUGAGUAACUACACGGAAAAAAUGGAAGUGAUUGAAAUGGGCAUGGAUUGUUUCUGAACUACAGUCUGAUCA